CAGGAGUCCCAACCCUUAGUCAGUGGGCCCGCCCUCCUGAACCGGACACAGCCGGAGGCCGGAGAGCGGGCGAGCGCAGCCGCGGACCGCCGGAUCCCCAGGACCCAGUCGCAGUCAUGUUCCUGGUGAACUCGUUCCUGAAGGGCGGCGGCGGCGGCGGAGGAGCAGGCGGGGGCCUGGGGAACGUGCUGGGAGGCCUGAUAAGCGGAGCGGCCGGCGGGGGCGGCGGCGGCGGCGGCAUGGGCGGCAUGGGGCUGGGAGGAGGCGGCGGCGGAGGAGGGACCGCCAUGCGCAUCCUGGGCGGGGUCAUCAGCGCCAUCAGCGAGGCCGCUGCUCAGUACAACCCGGAGCCCCCGCCGCCGCGAGGCCACUACGCCAACGUUGAGGCCAAUGAGAGCGAGGAGGUAAAGCAGUUCAGGAGACUUUUUGUCCAGCUGGCCGGCGACGACAUGGAGGUCAGUGCCACAGAACUCAUGAAUAUCCUCAACAAGGUCGUGACUCGACACCCGGAUCUGAAAACUGAUGGUUUUGGCCUUGACACUUGUCGAAGCAUGGUGGCUGUGAUGGAUAGUGACACCACAGGCAAGCUGGGCUUUGAGGAAUUCAAGUACCUCUGGAACAACAUUAAAAAGUGGCAGGCUAUAUACAAACGCUUUGAUCUUGACCGAUCGGGGACCAUCAGCAGCCGGGAACUCCCAGGGGCCUUUGAGGCCGCAGGGUUCCACCUGAACGAACAUCUCUACAACAUGAUCAUCCGGCGAUAUUCCGCAGAAAAUGGGGACAUGGACUUCGAUAACUUCAUCAGCUGCUUGGUCAGGCUGGACGCCAUGUUCCGUGCUUUCAAAUCUCUCGACAAAAACGGCACCGGACAAAUCAGGGUGAACAUCCAGGAGUGGCUGCAGCUGACUAUGUAUUCCUGAACGGGAGUCCCAGGUCAUCACGGAGCCCUCCUCGAUCCUGUCUGCAGCCACAUUUUCAUGGUCAUGCCCUGCUCCCUCAGGCCCAUCUUCUCCCUGUUGUGAUACCCAGCCUCCCAGUGAGCCGCCAGAGCCUGGCGUGCCCCAGCUUGCCAAACCCUGAGUUGCCCCCGGCUCUAAGACAAGCAAGCGUGCCCCACUGCAAGUCCCCUCACCACACCCAGCCCACACCCUCUGUUACCUCCAUCCUGUCUGUGUGCCAAGCCUAGCACUGUGUUGCUCAUGUCCCGAGGGCCCCGUCUUAGUUCUGGGAGGGUCACUCUGGUCCCUGCACACCCUAUUCCACACUCAUUCAGCCACCUCCCAGGCAGCCAAGCAAACUCCAGGCCCGGCAGGGCUGCCCCAGUGCCUUUGCCCGCUCUGUUCCUGAGCUGUCCGGCCCAGAAGGAAAUAAACUCUCCUCGCUGCUUCCUACGGGCUCUGAGUCCAGGGAGGAGGGAGCACGAGGUCCAGAGAGUA